AUGGUAGACUUUGGAGAAAUCCUAGUUCUCAUUGGAGACUUCGGGUUAUUCCAAAAACUGCUGCUAUUUGGGGUAUGCUUCCCGAAUGUAGUUUUAUCCUUUCAUUUAUUGAGUCUGCUUUUUACAGGAAUCGCUGUACCUCAUCACUGUAAUACAGACUGGAUCCUGCAAAUCAGCCCCAACUUGACAGAAGCAGAGCAGCUGAACCUCACGGUGCCCCUGGAGCAGGACGGAUCCUACCAGAGGUGUGAGAUGUACAGGCCUGUCUGGGAUAUCGAGGGCACUGAGGAGCACAGCAUCAACUCCACCGUGCCGUGUCAGGAGGGAUGGGUAUAUGACACUUCACAGUAUAAGACAACAGUGAUUACAGAGUUUGAUCUGGUCUGUGACCAUGCUAAGUGGGUGAGGGUGGCCCAGUCUGUUUUCAUGGCUGGCAUCCUCGUUGGGGCGUUGAUUUUUGGUCCUCUUGCUGAAAGGUUUGGUCGGAAGCGAGCUGUGCAAGUAACUAUGGUAAUGCUGCUACUGUGUGGUACUGGGACAGCACUGGCUCCCAAUUUCUACGUGCACAUCGCCUUGCAGUUCUUUGUCGGGCUCUCAUAUGGUGGCUUUCGAAUCCACUGUGUCAUUUUAGCCACAGAAUGGAUUGGAGUGUCCAAGCGCUCCUACCCUGCUAUUUUGACUCAGAUAAGCCUGGGUCUUGGGCAGUGUAUCAUGGCUGGUAUCGCCUACUUUAUCCGGGACUGGAGAACGCUGCAGUUCACCAUCUCAGCCCCUAUUGGGAUUGUUGUGUUGUAUGUCUGGGCGAUUCCAGAGUCAGCAAGGUGGCUGAUCUCCACAGGAAAAUAUGAAGAAGCUAAACAGCUCAUUUUAAAGGUGGCAGCUGUGAAUAAAAGGCCAGUCCCAAGUGAAGCUGUUGACAAGAUUGCAGAAAACAGGAGCACAGGCAACGGGACGAUGGUGGAUCUCAUCACUACAGCUGAGCUCAGGAAGUUUGGAUGUAAUCUAUCAUACUAUGCCCUGACGUUAAAUGUUGGAAGCUUUGGCCUAGACAUCUACCUGACUCAGCUCCUGUUUGGCGCUGUUGAAAUCCCUGCCAAUGUCCUGUGCAUGUGGGCUCUACAUGUUUUUGGAAGGAGGAUAUGCCAGGGGUCUACCAUGCUCCUGGGAGGGAUUGCUUGCCUUCUCAUAUUGGCUGUCCCACCAGACGUGCCUGUUGCUACUACAGGACUCGCCGUUGCAGGGAAGUUCUUUGUCACCGGGGCUUCUACAAUAAACUACGUCUAUGUUCAAGAGCUAUUCCCUACAGCUGUCAGGCAGAGUGCCACUGGUUUGUGCUCAAUGGCAAGUAGACUCAGUGGUAUCAUUGCUCCUCUGAUCGUGUUGCUUGAAGCCUGCCACUGGUCUAUUCCCUAUCUGAUAUACGGGGCUGUUCCACUGAGUGGAGGUCUUCUUUGUUUUCUGCUGCCUGAAACGUCAAAGAGGGAACUGCCUGACCACAUGGGUUUAACAAAGGAGUUCAAGAGGGAUGUGGAAACCAUGAAUGAAAGCAGGGUCUCCAAGAUAAAAGAUGAUAGUGAGCUGAGUUUUCAAGCCACCAGGCUGUAG